AGCCGGAUCACAUGCAGGCUGCGUUCGAAAAGCUCAAACUUUUCCUCACUACACCUCCUGUUCUUCGGAUUGGGGAUCCUCACCGUCCGUUCGAGCUCAUCACCGAUGCUAGCGAUCUGGCCGUUGGUGUAGUCCUGUUACAAGACUUCGGCGAAGGCCUACAACCCAACGCCUACGAGUCACGGAAGCUGAACCAGGCCGAGCGAAAUUAUCCUGUCCAUGACAAGGAGUUACUCGCCAUCGUUCUCGCUUUCAAGGUUUGGUGCUGCUACCUGACGGGCGCUGGCGUGAUAGUCCAAACAAACCACACAUCGCUACAGCUCAUCCGCACCCAACAGAUACUGAAACUCUAAUAGAUUCGUUGGCUCGACUAUC